AUGGUUGCCUCUGCUGUCCGAAUGCGCCCCGGCGCCAUGUUUAUGUCCAAGGGCGCUGCUUGCCUGAAGAGGCCUCAGGUUGUCCACAGAUUUAAGGAUGCUGCUCAAACUCAAUUGCCCGCCUUGUCUGCCCUCUCUCGCUUCUAUGCCUCCAAGUCCUUCCCCUCCCACACCAUCAUUAGCAUGCCGGCCUUGUCGCCGACCAUGUCUGCUGGAAACAUCGGAGCAUGGCAGAAGAAGGCCGGUGAUGGUCUGCAACCCGGUGACGUCCUUGUGGAAAUCGAAACCGAUAAGGCUCAGAUGGACUUUGAGUUCCAAGAUGAGGGUGUCCUUGCCAAGAUCCUGAAGGACCAAGGUGAGAAGGACGUCGCCGUCGGCUCUCCCAUCGCUGUCCUUGCGGAAGAGGGUGCCGACGUUUCUGCUUUCGAGUCGUUCAGCUUGGAGGAUGCCGGUGGUGACAAGGGCGCCGCCCCCGCCGAGGAGAAGAAGGAGCCCGAGUCGAAGGGCGCCGAGGCCCCAGCACCCGCUGAGCCCGAGCCCGUUGCUCAGGAGCCCGACACCACUGGCGAGAAGCUUCAGCCCAGUCUCGACCGUGAGCCCUUGAUCAGCCCCGCUGCCAAGGUUCUCGCAUUGGAGAAGGGUGUGUCCAUCAAGGGUCUCAAGGGAACCGGACGUGGUGGUCAGAUCACCAAGGAGGAUGUCGAGAAGUUCAAGUCCAGCGCACCCGCUGCCGCUGCUGGCGCGAGCUACGAGGACAUUCCUCUUACCUCGAUGCGCAAGACCAUUGCCAACCGCCUUCAGCAGUCCACCCGCGAGAACCCCCACUACUUCGUCUCGACUACUCUGUCGGUGAGCAAGCUCAUGAAGCUCCGCCAGGCUCUCAACGCCUCUUCCGAGGGCAAGUACAAGCUCUCGGUCAAUGACUUCCUUGUCAAGGCCUGUGCUGCCGCUCUCCUCAAGGUUCCCGCUGUCAACUCCAGCUGGCGCGAGGAGAACGGACAGGUUGUCAUCCGCCAGCACAACAGCGCCGACAUCAGCGUUGCCGUUGCCACCCCUGCUGGCCUUAUCACUCCCGUCGUGAAGAACGCUCAAGCCCUUGGUCUGUCCAGCAUCUCCAACCAGGUCAAGGACCUUGGUAAGCGUGCUCGUGACAACAAGCUGAAGCCCGAGGAGUACCAGGGUGGUACUUUCACCAUCAGUAACAUGGGCAUGAACGCCGCCAUUGAGCGGUUCACUGCCGUUAUCAACCCCCCUCAGGCCGGUAUCCUGGCCGUGGGUACUACCCGUAAGGUCGCUGUCCCCGUCGAGACUGAAGAGGGUACCUCUGUCGAGUGGGACGACCAGAUCAUCGUCACUGGCAGCUUCGACCACAAGGUCGUUGACGGUGCUGUCGGUGGCGAGUGGAUCAAGGAGUUGAAGAAGGCAGACGAAUCGGAGAAUCCCGCAACUUUGGUCGAUGUCGAUUCCCCACACGUGUCAUCCGUUGAUCCGAACUUCCUGAACCAAAACGUCAAAACCGGCACCCAGGCCGAGCGGCUACAACGCGAGCAGGAGCAACAGACCGUCGAAGGCCAGAACAAGGCUCGGAAGGCCCGCGCGAAGGCAAAGGCCGAGAAGUCCAGUCUGAGCGCGAACAAGGGCAACCCGGUCUUUGUGAGCAAUGCUGUAUUGCUCGGCUUGGCCGGUGCUGGACUGGGGUACGGCGCUUACCAGAAGCAUCUGAGCGGCAAGUUGUCUUGGGAGCUUGUUGGUCUCUGGUCUGGGGCUGUUGGCGCCUUUGGUGUGGCGGACUAUUUUGUGAGCAAACUGAUAGUUCUCUAUGCAGGCCAGAUCGCAGCUUCGUUAGCAUCGCUAUCGCGAACGGUGGACGACUACUCGGCGUUAUCCAAGAAGGAGUUGAUCCCUGCGAAACAAGAAAAGGCGUUUGAACGGGUUAAGAACUUCCGAACAGAGCUUGGGGACUACAGACAACAAUUUGACAGCCUGCGUAAAGCGCGAGAAGAUGCUCAAUCCAUGUCGAACCGCAACGAGCUCCUUGGCCGUCGACCGCACCAUGCCGCGACUCCGGAAAACCCCUACGCACAAUCCGCCCUCCCGCAAUCAUCGCCCUUCGCCCCCUCGACUACGGCGCGAUCUGGACUUAGCUUUGGCGCAUCGCCGGCCGACUAUAACCGAGAAACCCACGCGUUGCGCGAACAGUCAUUCCUGGGCAACACUAGUAACCAGCUAGAUGAAUUUCUUGACCGGGGGCGCGCGGUUCUUGCGGAUCUGGGACAGCAGCGGGAAGUUCUCAAGGGUACGCAGCGGCGACUGUACAGUGUGGCCAACACGCUCGGAGUCAGCGGGGAUACGAUUCGGAUGGUGGAGCGACGGGCUAAGCAGGACAAAUGGAUUUUCUGGGUUGGAGUGUUGAUAUUCUUCUUGUUCUGCUGGGCAGUGCUGCACUUUUUGCGAUGA